CGUCCUGCUUCUCCCGGGCUCUGAAUCCCAGAGCCUGGCGCAGUACUCAGAAUGGGUCGUGAACAGGAGCUGAUCCUCGCUGUCAAGAACGGAGAUGUGACCUGUGUGCAGAAACUGGUAGCUAAAGUGAAGGCUGCAAAGACAAAGCUCCUCGGCUCCACAAAGAGACUCAACAUCAACUACCAGGAUGCUGAUGGAUUCUCUGCUCUCCAUCAUGCUGCCUUGGGGGGGAGCCUGGAGCUCAUAGCCUUAUUGCUGGAGGCUCAAGCCACUGUCGACAUCAGGGAUAGCAAUGGCAUGCGUCCCCUACACUAUGCAGCCUGGCAGGGCCGGCUGGAGCCUGUGAGGCUGCUCCUGCGGGCUUCUGCGGCCGUCAAUGCUGCCUCGCUGGACGGUCAGAUCCCUCUGCACCUGGCUGCACAGUAUGGGCAUUAUGAGGUGUCAGAGAUGCUUCUCCAACACCAGUCUAACCCAUGCCUAGUCAACAAGUUGAAGAAGACACCUCUAGACCUAGCCUGUGAAUUUGGGCGGCUCAAGGUGGCCCAGCUGCUUUUGAACAGCCACCUAUGUGUGGCACUGCUGGAGGGAGAGGCAAAGGAUCCGUGUGACCCCAACUACACCACACCCCUGCACUUGGCUGCCAAGAAUGGCCACAGAGAAGUCAUCAGGCAGCUCUUGAAAGCUGGUAUUGAGAUCAACCGCCAAACCAAGACGGGCACCGCCCUCCACGAGGCUGCUUUAUACGGCAAAACCGAGGUGGUGCGGCUGCUCCUAGAGGGAGGUGUGGACGUGAAUAUCCGGAACACGUACAACCAGACGGCGCUGGACAUCGUGAACCAGUUUACAACCUCCCAGGCCAGCCGGGAGAUCAAGCAGCUACUUCGGGAGGCUUCAGGGAUCUUGAAGGUUCGGGCGCUUAAGGAUUUCUGGAACCUUCAUGACCCCACCGCACUCAAUGUCCGGGCAGGAGAUGUCAUCACGGUGCUUGAACAGCAUCCCGACGGCCGCUGGAAGGGCCACAUCCAUGAGAGCCAAAGGGGCACAGACCGCGUUGGCUACUUUCCCCCGGGCAUCGUUGAGGUAGUCAGCAAGCGGGUGGGCAUACCCGUGGCCCGUCUCCCUUCUGCACCUACCCUGCUGCGGCCAAGCUUCUCCCGGAUGUCACAGCCCUCUGCUGAUGACCCCCUGCCACCUCUCACCUAUGGCCAGCUCCCUCGGGUGGGCCUCAGCCCAGACAGUCCAGCAGGUGACAGGAACAGCGUGGGCAGCGAGGGCAGCGAGGGCAGCAUCCGCAGUGCUGGCAGUGGGCAGAGUUCCGAAGGCACCAAUGGCCACGGCACUGGCCUCCUUAUUGAGAAUGCUCAGCCACUGCCCUCUGCCAGUGAGGACCAGUUGCUGUCCGGCCUGCACGCCCCAUCCCUGGCGGACAACCUGAGCCACCGCCCUCUGGCCGGCUACCGCUCUGGGGAGACGUUCACCCAGGAUGUGAGACCAGAGCAGCUUCUGGAAGGGAAGGAUGCGCAGGCCAUUCAUAACUGGUUAAGUGAAUUCCAGCUGGAAGGCUACACAGUCCACUUCCUGCAGGCUGGCUAUGAUGUGCCAACUAUCAGUCGAAUGACACCUGAGGAUCUGACGGCCAUUGGGGUGACCAAACCUGGGCACCGGAAGAAGAUUGCCUCAGAGAUUGCCCAGCUCAGCAUUGCUGAGUGGCUGCCCACCUAUAUCCCGGCGGACUUGCAGGAGUGGCUGUGUGCACUGGGGCUGCCACAGUAUCACAAGCAGCUGGUGAGCAGCGGCUACGACUCCAUGGGGCUGGUGGCGGAUCUCACCUGGGAGGAGCUGCAGGAGAUAGGCGUGAACAAGCUGGGGCAUCAGAAAAAGCUCAUGCUCGGUGUGAAGCGGCUGGCAGAACUUCGGCGCGGCCUGCUGCAUGGGGAGGCCCUGGGUGAGGGCGGACGCCGGCUGACCAGGGGUCCAGAGCUGAUGGCCAUCGAAGGCCUGGAGAAUGGGGACGGUCCGGCCAUGGCUGGCCUCCGUCUCCUCACCUUUCAGGGCAGUGAGCUGAGUCCAGAGCUACAGGCAGCUAUGCAGGCAGGGGGUGGCCCAGAGCCACUGCCCCUGCCCCCUGCCCGGUCCCCCAGCCAGGAGAGCAUCGGUGCGCGCUCCCGGGGGUCUGGUCACUCUCAGGAGCAGCCUGUCUCCCAGCCCAGUGUCAGUGACCCCAGUGCCCCGCAGGAGAGGAACCUUCCAGAGGGUACAGAGCGCCCCUCUAACCUCUGCUCCUCACUCCCUGGCCAAGGUCCCGCCCCUUAUGUCUUUAUGUGCCCACAGAGUUCACCCUCUAGCCCAGCCCCAGGGCCACCUCCCGGUGCUCCCCGGGCCUUCUCCUACUUGGCUGGCUCUCCUGCGGCUCCUCCAGACCCACCUCGGCCCAAACGCCGGUCCCACAGCCUGAGCCGCCCUGGCCCUGCUGAGGGAGAGGCUGACGGGGAGGCUGAAGGGCCGGUGGGCAGUGCCUUGGGCAGUUACGCCACCCUUACUCGGAGACCGGGACGCAGCACCCUUGCCCGGACUAGUCCCAGCCUGACCCCCACACGAGGGACCCCCCGAAGCCAGUCCUUCGCCCUCCGUGCCCGUCGGAAAGGUCCCCCACCCCCGCCCCCCAAGCGCCUCAGUUCAGUCUCUGGCCCCACCGAGCCACCUCCACCAGAGGGAAGCCCAGGACCCAAGGAUGGGGCCACAGGUCCCCGGAGAAGAACGCUGAGUGAACCAGCUGGCCCCUCAGAGCCCCCCGGCCCUUCUGCCCCAACCGGCCCUGUGUCGGACACAGAAGAGGAGGAGCCUGGGCCUGAGGGGACACCUCCGUCUCGGGGCAGCUCUGGAGAAGGGCUGCCAUUCGCAGAGGAAGGGAACCUGACUAUCAAGCAGCGGCCGAAGCCAGCCGGUCCCCCACCCCGGGAGACGCCUGUACUCCCUGGCCUUGACUUCAACCUCACAGAGUCAGACACUGUCAAACGGAGGCCCAAAUGUAAAGAGAGAGAGCCACUCCAGACUGCACUGCUGGCCUUUGGAGUCGUGGGUGGUGACACCUCUAGCCCCUCUGCUCCCCUGUCCUCCCAGACCCCCUGUGACCCUCCCUCAACUUCCUCUAACCCUCCACGGUCUGAGCCUAGCAGCCUUUCAACUCAAGGAACUCCAGCCCCAAAUCUCAGCCCCAAACCUCAGCCCCCGGGCCACCAAGGGACCUCUGCAGGGACAGCUCUGCCAUCGGAGCCCCCAGCUGCCCCCUCUGCUGCCUUCCUCAAAGUGCCUGGAGCAGGAGCAAGUCCCAAGCCUGUGUCUGUGGCCUGCACUCAGCUGGUAUUUUCUGGCCCCAAGCUGGCUCCUCGGCUGGGCCCCCGCCCAAUACCCCCUCCGAGGCCUGAGAGUACUGGGCCUGUGUGUCCAGGCCGGGCCCAACAGAGACUGGAACAAACCAGCUCAUCCUUGGCGGCUGCGCUGAGGGCAGCUGAGAAGAGCAUCUGCACCGGGAACGAGGAGCCAGAGGGUCCCACAGCCACCUCGACCAAGCACAUUCUGGACGACAUCAGCACCAUGUUUGACGCCCUGGCUGACCAGCUGGAUGCCAUGCUAGACUGAGCAAGACUGGCUUGUGACCCUCCCUCCCGUGGUACCCACAGUGACCUGCCAGCACUCACCACCUGUGGCCCAACAUGGAAGAAGACCCUGCCGCCCAAGGAAGGAACAGGAAGAGAGGGCUGGCUGGGCUGGAGCGCCCUUCCACAGCAGAGACCCUCCUAUGGCUUUAAGCAGGGCUGUCAGACCCUCAAGGGGGCGGAGAGAACUUGUCAGAACCUGACAGGGACCUCAGCUGUGUGGGAGCCGGUAAGCCCCUCCUGUGUACAGCUGACUGCUCGGCUUUGGCCCCUGAACAGGGACCCUGGUAAGAGCUUUCUCCUCUAGGAGGAGGUGGCGACAGGGCUGGAUGUUUGCACCAUCCCCACUGAGUGACAUCUCGGUGCUUAAGGGGGCUCUUCUGGCCGCCCACUGAGCUGCCUGUCCCCUCCGUGCAAGUGUACAUAGGACAUGUAAAUACACAGCAGGGGCAUGCCUUCCUGCCAGUGGCCGUGGUCUCGUCACCUCCUGCCCCUGUCUGGACAUCCCACACAGGGAGGCAGUGCUGGCCAGGGCCAGAGGCAGCAUGAUUAACAGAUUCCCUAAUGCCCAACCUUUUACAACUGUAUAUAAUAUUUUUUGAAGCAGAGAGAAAUGCAUAUAUUUUAAAUGGAAUUUAUUCUGUCUAUUAACUGCCUGAGAGAAUGCAGUGGGGAACGCCUUCAGACCGCAGACGAACCCUCUGCCCACCUCCUGCUGGAGGACCCAACUGGUCCAGUCCCAUGCUCUGUAACUAUUAACCUCCUCCCCAACUAACUCCAAUGAAAUGUCAUUCCACGUGACGGGGCUGUGUUUGUGUCUGUGUGUCACACUUCCUAAUCUGCGGCUGCCCUUCCACCCGCACCUGGGGGCACUCAUCGCUGUGGAUGUGGAGUGGUGAUGGCUGCAGUCUUGGGAGGGAACGAACGCCUCAUGCUUGUUUCAUGGAUCCGCCACAGGUUUUUCUUAAGCAAUUUAUAAUUUUAAUAUAAACCAGUUGACAUUCAUUCCCAAAAGGCUCAUUUCCAGUAAAAAAAAAAAAAAAAAAAAAAGGUAAAAAAAA